CCCUGUUGUCCUCCAUUCAUUCGGCGUGAGUGUGAGGCUGAGUGUGAGUGUGCAACGGGAGAAGAUGGUGGAGAAGGAGGAGGCGGUGAUCAGUGAGGAGGAGGCCGCGCAGUAUGACCGGCAGAUCCGCCUCUGGGGGCUGGAAGCACAGAGAAGGUGAUCCCAAUACUCGUGCUGGGCACAUGGAGGAGACACUGUCCCCUGGGCCUCUUAUAAGUUUUGCUAUAUGGCUUCGAACAUCUAGAGUACUUCUGGUUGGGCUCAGAGGCCUUGGGGCCGAAGUGGCAAAAAACCUAAUCUUAGCAGGAGUGAAGGGGCUGACCUUGCUGGACCAUCGCCAGGUGUCUGAGGAGGACUCGCGCGCUCAAUUCCUCAUACCGACUGGAUCUCUUGGUCGUAACCGGGCAGAGGCUUCUCUGGAGCGGGCGCAGAAUCUCAAUCCUAUGGUUGAUGUGAAAGUGGACACUGAGAACAUUGAGGAGAAACCAGAGGACUUCUUUAACCAGUUUGAUGCAGUAUGUCUAACCUGCUGUCCCCGGGACCUGCUAGUGAAAGUGGACCAAAUCUGCCACAAACACAACAUCAAGUUCUUCAUGGGCGAUGUUUUUGGUUAUCACGGAUCCAUGUUUGCUGACCUGGGAGAGCAUGAAUUUGUUGAGGAGAAGAUAAAAGUAACUAAAGCCAGUCGGGAGGUUGAAGAUGGUCCAGAAAAUAAAAAAUCAAAACUAGAUUCUGCAGAGAGCACAAUGAUAAAGAAGAAAAUAGAGUUCUGCCAGUUGAAGGACGUCUUGGAAAUUGACUGGAACGGCGAAAAAGCAAAAGCUGCGCUCAAGAAAACUCCAGCUGACUUCUUCCUCUUGCAAGUGAUAAUGAAGUUCCGCACUGACAAGGGAAGAGACCCUCAGCCUAACACUUUCCAGGAGGACUGUGAUCUGUUGCUGCAGAUCCGCAAUGACCUGCUGGACUCUCUGGGAGUGAACCCUGAUAUGCUGGCAGAAGACUUUGCAAGCUAUUGCUUUUCUGAAAUGGCGCCUGUCUGUGCCGUAGUGGGAGGAGUUUUGGGACAGGAGAUAGUGAAGGCCCUGUCUCAAAGAGAUACACCACACAAUAACUUCUUUUUCUUUGACGGGAUUAAGAGUAGCGGCAUUGUUGACUGCUUGGGCGCCAAAUAACAGGGGAAGAUGCACAGUGGAUGACGUGGUUAUGUAAUGGGAAGAUUUGUGACUUUUGGACCAACACAGCAGUACUUUGUAAAAUCCAGUGGCUCUAUUCAGCCUCUAGGUGCCUGCCUGGGAGAGUGAAGGGCUGCUCUGUUAAAUUCCCACUUUGGUAUCUUGCUGUAUUGUAGUCAUUCCGAGAGCUCAGUCUGGGAAUGAAGAAGGAAGUGUCUUCUAUCAGGUCUCUAUGGAAUGAGUGGGGUUUGGUGUGAUGCCGCCGCCUCCUCCUCUUCCUAACAAUACAUCACCACUUCUGCACAUCCCUGGCCAAACUCUGAUUUCAUAGCUGUCCUCUGGUGCCGUCAUCAUUAAACCUGUCCACACGGGGGAAUCUGUAGGUAGGAAACAGGUGUAAUAACCACAGGCGGAGUUAAUUAUCAUCCCACCAAGCUGAAAAAUACUGUUAUGGAUUCUUCCAGGAUUUCAUCAAGCUGCCGUCACGGGUGCAAGUUUCUAUUGCUCUGCCCUGUUUUUGUUGUUGGCUUGUUAAAUAUGUUUUUUUGCUUUUUGAGAAUAAUUUUUAUGUUUUUCAAUAAAAAAACCUGUUUAAGUCC